AUGAUCACCACCAAAGGUUCUUGCUGGCUGCUGUUGCGUUUGGCCAUCCUCCUCGUGGUUCUGCUGGUGCAGUCCAGCGAAGGAGCAAGCUACCGGGAUUUUGCGAACAGACACAUUGAUUAUCCGAAAACUGCAGCAAACAACCACAAUGCCUACUGCAACUUGAUGAUGGCUCGGAGAGGACUGAACAGGCCGGUCUGCAAACCCACCAACACCUUCAUCAACGGCAGUCCUCGCUCCGUCCAGGCAAUCUGUGGCAGUGGGGGAACUCGCUUCCGGGGCAAUUUAUAUACCAGCAGGAGGCGCUUCCGUGUGGUCGUCUGCCGCAGCACAGGAAGAUUCCCCAACUGUAAUUAUCGUGGCAGGGCACAGUCCAAGCGAGUCCGUGUGGGCUGCAGAAAUAGACUGCCUGUUCACCUUGACAGAUUAGUGUGA